AUGCUCGACUACAUCUUCAUUCCGCCGAUUCUCUGUCUCCUCUACUUCCUUCUCCGUCGUUUCGUUCUGGAACACUUUCACGUGGAAUCCCAUGGAAAAUAUGUGCUGAUAACCGGUUGCGAUAGCGGUUUUGGACGACUUCUCGCCCUGCGAUUGCUUGACAAACGUGUCAAUGUGUUCGCCGCCUGCUUCACACAACAAGUUGGUUUCUUUGAUUAUUUCGGAGGGUCUAGGAUUCCCAAAACCUGGAACAGGCUCAAGAAUAUCGUUUUAGGGAAUGGAAAGUCUGAAAAAGGAAUGGCGCUCGAAUUUGUCAAGCCAAGGGCAACUGCACACUCUCCAACUGGACGUCACCAAGGAAGAAAGCGUGCAUUCUGCCAAAUUGUUCGUCGAGAAAGUGCUCCGUGAGCAGAAUGCCAAUCUGUGGGGUCUUGUGAACAACGCGGGCAUCUUCUCGAUCCACGGUCCCGACGACUGGUGCUCUGUGGCCGAAUACAGUUCCUCUCUUAACGUGAACACGCUCGGCGCGAUCCGAAUGUGCCAUGCCUUCGUGCCGCUGAUCAAACAGAGCCGCGGACGGAUAGUAACGAUGGGCUCGACGGCCGGACGACUCCACGGACUCUACGUGGCUCCUUACGUGACGGCCAAGUUCGCCGUGGAAGGCUACAUGGACUGCUUGCGGCUGGAAAUGCGACAGUACGGAGUGUCCGUGCACAUUCUCGAGCCGGGGUGCUUCAAGACGGAACUGCUGAACAACGAGGCACAGAAGAUGAGGAUCCAGAAGAUUUGGAACAAUCUUUCGGUGGAGACGAAGGAGGAAUACGGCGAAGAGUACAGAAAGAACUGUGAGUUUGACACCGGAAAACAUUUCCAAUAUUUAUCGUGGAAAGCAGUUGAUAACGCCUGUCAAGUAGCAUUGGCGUUUGAUAUAUUAAAAUUUAGAGGAACAUUGUAGACCUUGGACUUAUAUUUUCAGUCGAGACAGCAUGGGAAAGCGGCGUGAACAUCGUGGCGAAUCCGAACAUCGGCUGGGUCGUCGACUGCUACGCCCACGCACUCUUCUCCUGGUGGCCGCGUCUCCGCUACUGUCCCGGCUGGGAUGCGAUCUUCAUGUUCGUCCCUCUGAGUGUCUUCCCGACCGCCCUCCAAGACUGGAUCCUCGCCGGUCUCUACCGUCUCAGUCCCGGUCCCACUCUGACUCCGGCGGCACUUGCUCCCAAGAAACAGAACGAUUCGGAAUGA